ACCACUCCUCUUCCCAUCCUUCCGCUUCUGCUCUCCCUUUCCCCGCCCGCCCUUCGACCGCGGCGACGAGACCUUCCUUGGCGUCCCUCCCCUCGCAUUCCCACCACGCUCACCAGCUCCACCAUUUCCAGCACCAGUGGCAGAAGCGCUGCGCUGCUGUUCCGCCGCCCUCGUAGACGCUGGGCUCGCAGGUGACGCCAAUGGUACAGCUUUCUCUCUCUCCCGCUCCCGCUCUUUCUUCUCCCACUUCCUCUCACACUCGUCGGUAUCGUAGUCCCAGUCGUCGGCCCAGUCGACAUCUUCAGCAUCCGAGGACGUGUCGCAGCCAGCGAGGAUUUUCUCGAAGUGGCGGCGGGUCUGGGGAAUGCUCUGCGCAACGCAAAAGUUGUCAAAUUAGCCCGGGACACUCGAAUCUAUACCGCCAAAGAACCAGACAAAUCGAAUACUUUAAGGCAUUGGGAUUGCUUGCAUACCUCGUUCCUCGACGACGCGUACCAGAUCAGCAUUUCGUUGCUCUCGAGAUACAUGGCCGCCUGUCGCCGCCGCUCGCGCGAUUCGAACGUCUCGUCGCGCCAGAUUUCGGAGCCUCUGGCUUCGGCGGGGGAUGCGGUGGCGGAGGGGAGGACGUGGGAGGGGCGGUUGCGGGCUUGGCGGUCUUGUUGGAGGGGGGUGUAGGCCGGGGCGGUGGGAGCGAGGAAGUGGGCCUUCGGAGGCAUGAUUGCGGUUGAGGGUUUGGGAGGUGGAUGGGUGGAAGGAGGUUAGGG